UACUUCCUGGUCUUACCAAAUACCAGGCUCAGAGAGGGAAACAAGCUUGGACGAAAAGAAACUAAAACGACGUCGUCAAGGAGCGGUGCCUUCUUCACAUGCCCAUGAACCCCGUCUUUUCACUCAUAAAACCCACUUCAAAUUCAUUUCUCUUUCUCACAAAAUUUACUGCAAAAUAAAGAAAACGCCACUUACCCAUGUGCCAAAUUUGUAAAAGAAAGUAGAAAAUUGAGAGGAAAAAGGUCAAUGUCAAUGUCAAGGGUUAUCUUCCCCUCCUUAAGAAAUCGCUCUGCAGCAUCCUUUAAUACUCUGAAAAGGUUUAUUCCCUGUAAGAGUUUCCACUCUGGCAGAUGUUUGCAAUCAGCAAAGAGCGCAAACUCUCCUCCUUUAUUGCCUCCAAAAACCACGACCUCUCAUUCCUGGAGACCUUAUAUAGUUCCUGGUGCUGUUUUGGCUGGAGUUGGUGGUCUGGCAUUUUUUCUUCACUACAAUGACGAGAGGAGGGCCAUCCCUAAAGGCCAGGGUGAAAAGUUUGAAAGAAGUUCCAUUGAAGGGCCAAUAAUUGGUGGUCCUUUCAGUCUAAUUGAUACUGAAGGUCAGGUGGUCACAGAAAAGAAGCUUCUGGGUAACUGGGUUCUUCUCUACUUCGAUUAUACUUCUUCUCCUGAUGUUGGGCCAGCGGAAGUUCAAAAGAUGGCCAAGGCUAUUGACAUUCUAGAUUCUAAACAGAAUCUCAGGGUUCUACCCAUAUUUGUUACACUGGAUCCUCAACGUGAUACCCCUUCCCAACUGCAUGCUUAUCUUAGAGAGUUUGACCAAAGAAUUGUGGGACUGACGGGACCAGUUGCAGCUAUUAGGCAGAUGGCACAAGAAUACAGAGUGUAUUUCAGGAAAGUUGAUGAAGAAGCAGACGAUUAUCUUGUUGAGUCUUCCCACAACAUGUACUUGUUGAAUCCAAAAAUGCAAGUAGUAAAAUGCUUUGGAGUGGAAUACAAUGCAGAGGAAUUGUCAGAAGCCAUAUUCAAGGAGCUGAAGAAAACUAUAACAUAGUCAUUCUGAUGCAUUCUUUUUGCGUAGGAGGAACAUCUGACUUGGAUAGCAAUCUACUUGUCUUCUCUUGCUCAGUUGAAAGGCUGUUUACUCUUCCCAAGUUCCAUUGUAUUGGCAUUAGAAAUGAUGGAUGUCUCAAACAGAGCUCCAUAUACAAGAGUACUAGCGAAUCAUUUACUAACCAUUCCCUUAAGUUUUUUUUUUAUGAGGUUACACUUCAACUGGCACAGAAAGAAAUGAUCUGAGAUGGAAAGUUUAUUUGUGCAAUUUUAUUAGCGGAAAGAGUGUUUUUGGUCAGA